AUGGAAAGUAAAGGGAAGUUUGUUAGAGUUCCAGAGGCAUUCUGUUAUGAGGAGGAAGAGGUUCUCUGUUAUUGCGGGCUGAGGGCGGCUAGAAGAAUCUCUCGUACUGCUGGGAACCCUAACCGCAAGUUUUUUGGAUGCCCCCUGUUCAGUCGCUCAAAGGAUAACAAAUCCUGUGAUUACUUUGAGUGGUUUGACAUUAGAGCUGCGGUAUUCAAAGCAACUGCACCGCUGUCUGAAAUGGUUUCGAUGUUGGAAUCUGAAAAUAGGGAGCUACGCAGUUUGUUACAGAGGGUAAUGAAAGAUGGUUCUGGAAAACAUCAACCGAACGAGUUUGUUGUUGAGCUAGAACUCAUCAAGCAGAGGAUACAACGUCUAGAGUUAGUUGUUUCAGCUUCUUGUGCCUUGAUCUAA